AAAAAAAAACACACGGCGAGGAGAAAAAACUCAAGUUGGUGAGGUAUCAUAUUGACUGUUUAAAAAAAAAUCACGAAUGGCGGAUUGGCAGCCAAGUGAUGGAACGCGUCCGAGAGGAGGCCCACCGUGGAGAUGGAGCAAUGGAAGUCGUCGGUGUACCGUGAGGAAUAUGACUGACCCGGGGCAACCAAAAAGAGAUGACUACAGGUCAACGCUUGUUUAAGCAAUGGGGACAAUUCUUAAAAAUAUAUAUGGAUGUAUGAGUCUACACAAUACGUAUUUGAAUUGUAAAUGUAAUCAUGCGGCCCGAUGCGGCCCAAUAGCGCACGCAUCAACUGAGAGAGAGAGAGAGGUGACAGUGAGUGAGUGGAGCCCAGGGUUUGCUUCGUUGCUGGAGCAACAGAGAAAACUCUUAAACAGUCACACACACAACCAGUCCACAAAGCUGCUUGCUACAGAGAAGCCUGCCAAACGUCCCACCACUCCCAGCAAUACUCUAAAACUCAACAAUGUUUGACCUUCGACCCAUUUACCAAGGAGAGUUCAUUGACCGGACGCCAGGCAUCAGGAGCGCAGGGAAGUUUCGUCCUGCAGGGGACCGCGCCUCGCAGUGCCUAAGCCACUCGGAUGCACAAGUAAGCACGCCAGUCAGGGUUCGUGUAAAUUCCAGCGUGGCAUCUUCACUGGUGCACGGCGUCCGCUCAAGGCCAUCGCUGAGCGUCGGUGAGCUGCUGAGCCCGCGGCCGAGUAGCGCCCUCCAUCAGAGGUCACUGGAGCAGAGGGAAGGCUUCUGGUGGGGUGGCGCACAUGCCCCAUUGGGUCGCUCUUCACAAAGAGGACCAGGGCUGCCCACCGGCUUGCACCCCUACACCACCACCUUCGGGCGGUCCACUGCCUCUGAAUUCUCAGCUGGCGAAGUCAUAAACCCCCCAAAAUCCUGGGACAAGGUGGACAGUGAAUAUCAGAAAGGUCAUGACCUGUACGUUCGGUCUCACAAUUCCUACCACGUCGGCGAGGUUAUCGAUCGUGGCUAUGACUGGAGCUGCUUUGGCCGAGACAGCAGAUUCGGCAGAGCCACGCCUCAUCAUGCAGAUGGAAGGAGUGUGGCCCACGCACAGACGUGGAUACAAAAUACAUCGAAGCAGCUGAAGCGACUGGAGGACUUCAGGAGGAGAACUCGGCCAAAGUUGGGGAAGGUCCUCGAUCCAAUCGCAGACACCUUGGAUGUGCCACCAGACCACACGUUUGGCCUGCCGGUUGAACCUGACAAAUAUGGAGCCGGGGACCUCGUGCACAGGCGUCCCCGGCAUGAGUGGCUGCGUGGCUCUGAGCGCCAGCGUGCCCUCUUAGCCGCCGUUCGGCACUGCCUCAAGGUGGCCAACUACAACAGCUUCCCAAGCCUACUGGAUGCUUUCCGCCACUACGACAGGAACGGUGACGGAAAAAUUGACUCGGAGGAGCUGCAGGUUGCGUGCUCGGAGCUUAACCUCCCCGUGGAGGCCGCGCUGCUCCAGGAUCUUGUCAGAUACUGCGAUGUGGACCGGGAUGGUUUCAUCAACUACCUGGAAUUUGCAAACUUCCUCAACUGGAAGCAAGCGCUGCCGCUUAGUCCACAGGAGGAAAGAGCGGUCAACGGUGCAGAUGAGGGGAACGUAGCUGCCUCGAUGGAGUCUACUCAUGGAAGAGACAAAAGGGGCAAGAGCAGCAUGGGACUGAUUGAGCCACAGGGCCUUGUGCCCAGGGCCCCGAACGUCCCAUCGUUCACUCCUUUCAAUCUCACGAAGCAGGUGGACAGGAUGCACGGGCGUUACUGCACCUCGUCCUCCCUCGUGAAUUCCGCCAUAGGCAGGGCAUCAUCUGCGGGUUGGCACACUUUUGGCGUUCCAUCUGUCCGCACUGACUUGCCAGCACCACGGGUGCGCCACUUUGGAGACAGAACCAACUACGGUGAAGAGUCGGACGUGUCUGGGCUCCUUAACCCAUCUGUGUAUGCCCUUCACGGGGUCUACGAAGCUGACUUCCUCACCCCGCGCAGCCCCAGCCAGAUCCAGCAGAUCCUGCGCAACGCUGGCGUGGAACUUAGUGAUGGCGCUUUUGAAGAUGCGUGGACCACGGCCGCGGUGCAGGACCCACGGAGAGAAGUGUCUGUCGAGAGCUUCCGAAGGGCCCUGGGUAUGGCCAGCUAGGCAGGGUUGUUGUGAGGAUGUGCCAAAACACUACUCACCGUCAAAGGGUGGCAUUGUCACAAAAUCGUGUAACGCCCCAGCACGAUGACACUUUUGCAAAAACGCACGAUUAAAACAAGUUUUCCCCUUGAGCAAGGAAUGUUUGAAUAAUACAAUUAAGCUAAUUAAAGUGACAUUAGCUUCAUACGCUAUUUGUCACAUGGUGUGGUAUAAUAAUUGAAGACUGGAAUCCGUACACUUUUAUUUAAAAAAAACCCGUAAAAAAAGUUGUCAAAGUGUUGUGUCGUGACGAUGUAUUUGAUAGGAUUUUUUGUUGUUGCAGCGUUAGUGCUAAAAUGCAGCAAUUAUGGAUCAUUAUAUUUGUUUUAAUGCAUUAGCUUUAUCAAUGUUGUGACCGUAGCCCUCGCUACUGUAAAAGUUUUAGAGUGCACAAUGUACUCAUCAACGCAUUGUACUCAUCGUGUGUGCUUGCCUUUCAUGCAUAAGUCUUGGGGGCCACCAUUAGUAGCAGCAAUAAACAAUAUUGGCAUACACUACACAUACACUGGCACUCACAUGAACAAUUUAUUGUUACAACACAAUUACUCAGAUUUGUUUGUAGUUUGUGCGCAUGAAGCAUUUACAGUUUGUUUUAUUCAGUCUCCCUUUGUGUUUACUGUAUCCAAGUAUACCCUUGUGAUGUGAAAUAGAAAAACACCAUAAACUAGAAGUUGUUUGACAAUUUUUGUGGCCUAUGGUUUCAAUUAAUGAGGUGAAUACAGUGAGAUGCAUUGUGAUGAAGUGAACAUUGUAAUUAAACUCCUAUAAUUUAAUUCUUAUUCCACUUGUACUUAUAUAAUUUUUCUUCUUUCUGGUGUACAUGGCGAGAUUAUUUGUUCAAAAACUAACUUGAAUAUCGAGGUUCGUGAGCCACAUGACGGCUUCGGGUGUGGUUUCUUUAAUACACUCAGCGGGUUCCUGUGAAGUGUCGCUUUGGGCAAGCGAUGAUGAUGUGUUCCAUUGCUAGGUUACUACUAUCUCCACCGUCACAUUGUGGAUUAGCUGUGAUCUUCCACCCGUGAAGUAAAGAGGUGCAGCGUCCGGUUGCGGUACGGAAUCGGUGAGUUGCGAACCAUAGUUUUUCGGGCGGAGCAGGAUAUCUGUGAAAAAAGAGCUUCAUAGCUCAUCGGAUUUCUCCAGGAUGAAUAAAGAUUGAUUCUGAUUCUGAA